UUUCUCUUUUGUUUUGUUUUUUUUUUUUUGUUCAUGUCAAAACCUCCUUCACCAUUAGUUUCCAAGAUAGCAGGAAUCAUUCUGCCUUUUGUGGUGUUCGGUUUAUUAGGCUAUACAUGGUAUGUUUAUAUAUUUCGUAUUUGUACCCAUAUAUUGCUUACUUUUGAUAAAACAGCACAAGCAGUGAUAUUCAUGAUUAUUGCCAGUUUCUUUUGGAUCAUGGCAUUAUUAAGCUAUACUCGAAUACUUUGUACAUCACCAGGCAAACCUGCUAAUAGACUCGCGACUGAAGAAGCAAAUCAAGGAGUUCAUUUGCCUCAGUAUUAUUACUCACCCAAACUAUUCCAUUGGCCUACUUAUACCAUGCGACCAAUGAUGGAUGCUCAAGACAAAAUCACCCCUAUUAUUUCUGUCAGUCGUCAAGAUGGUCAACCUAAAUACUGUCAUAUGUGUGAAUGCUAUAAACCUGAUCGAACUCAUCAUUGUAGAGAGUGCAAUACAUGUGUCUUGAAAAUGGAUCAUCAUUGUCCUUGGGUCAGUGGCUGUGUUGGAUUUAGAAACUACAAGUUCUUUUUCUUGUUUGUGCUGUACACUGGCUGUUAUGGGUUAUGGGUUUUUGUUACUUCUCUACCUGUGGUUAUUACAGGUAUUCAAGAUAUGCAUACUGAUUUGGAUCCUCAAUGGAUAGCAUUGAUUAUCAUUGCUUUUGUGUUUGGUAUGACUGUCUGUGGAUUUUCAGGUGUCCAUGCUUACUAUAUCAUUCGAAAUGAGACCACCAUUGAACAUUUAGGAGACAGAAACAAUGAACUUCGAGUUGACUUUGACAUGUCAGGUCAGAAUUUUGAGGUUGUAUCUGUCUCUCCUUUGGAUAAUUUAUGGGAACGUACAAAGAUGGAAAACUGGAAAUCUGUGAUGGGCAAUCAUCCUCUUGGAUGGUUUGUCCCUAUUAAGCGUGGUCCUGGUGAUGGUACUGUCUUUCCUUAUAAUGACUAUAUGUUUAACAAUAUUGUCAACAAAGCAGUCAGUCAACGCCGUUCAAUGGAUACCAGCCAUUAUGGACAACCAACGACGUAUUAUGAGCCUGAAAGGCUUUCUUCUAUUGAAAGCACAACUCAAAUGACCUCUUGAUUGUAAUAGUAUACCUUGUACAUACACGUUUUAUUAUAUAAAUAAUA